UCAUUUCUUAAAUCUGGAUUUUGUUGGGUUUUGUCUGGAGUGGCCGAUUUCUUUUUCAGGUCACCGAUUUGGAUGCCCUAGACCAAAGUCGAGUUGAAUUUAUGUGAACUGGAGUCAGAAACCUCGGGAACUUCGAACUAAGCAGUGGCUUCUUCCCCGACAUGGACCUGGCACAGGAGAAAAUGGAAUUAGACUUGGAGCUGCUGCCGAAUUCCACCACCACAGACGGCAAUAUCCUGAGAAGAUCCAACAGCGUCCUCUUGAUCAAUGAGCUUGGUAAUAAUUCACAGGUGUUCCAAGCUGACAAAUUAAGAACUAGAACAAACAGUACAGCUACAACAGGACACUGUCUGUUUUUGCCACAUUUUCCAGUUCACAUUUCCAUGACUCGCGUUCAACAAAUCAAGCAGGAAGAAACCAUGGAUUUAAGAUGUGGAGAAGCAAUGCAUGAAUGGUGA